AUGGCAUUUGGCUGGAGUGUAGGCCUCAUUAGAAAUCCAAAAAGUAAAUGUGUGGAGAUGGUUCCUUUCAGUAAUAAAGGCAGGAGAUCUUUCAGUCAGAACUCUGAGCUUGAUUCACAUCAAAGAAUCCAUAAUUACGAAUGUAAACAAUGUGGGAAGAUUUUCAAAUAUAGGGACAGUCUUGCUGUACAUCAGAGAAUCCACAUUGGAGAGAAACCUGAUGAAUGUAAACAAUGUGGAAAGGUGUUUGCACAGAGGGGACAACUUGUUAGAUAUCAGAGAUUCCACACUGAAGAGAAACCUUAUGCCUGUAAACAGUAUGGAAAGGCUUUCACAAUGAUGCAGAGUCUUGCUGAACAUCAGAGAAUCCACACUGGAGAAAAACCAUAUGAAUUGAGGCACAGUCUUACUCAACAAAAGAGAAUUCACUCUGGAGAGAAACCAUAUCAAUGUGAACAAUGUGGAAAGACUUUCAGACAAAGGAUGACUUUUUACUUACAUCAGAGAAUCCACUCUGGAGAGAAACCUUAUGAAUGUAAGCAGUAUGGAAAGACUUUUACACAUAGGGGUGAUCUUUCCAGACAUCAGAAAAUCCACACUGGAGAGAAACCUUAUGAAUGUAAACAGUGCGGAAAGAGUUUCAUACAGAGGAACCAUCUUGCCACGCAUCAGAGAAUCCACACUGGAGAGAAACCUUUUGAAUGUAAACAAUGUGGAAAAACUUUCACACGGAGGGGAAGGCUUUUCAUACAUCAGAGAAUCCACACUGGAGAGAAACCUUAUGAAUGUAAACAAUGUGGAAAGAGUUUCAAACAGAGGGACCAUCUUGCCACGCAUCAGAGAAUCCACACUGGAGAGAAACCUUAUGAAUGUAAAGAGUGUGGAAAGGCAUUCACAGAAAGGAGCAAUCUUUUUAUACAUCAGAGAAUCCACACUGGAGAGAAACCUUUUGAAUGCAAACAGUGUGGAAAAACGUUCACACGGAGGGGCAGGCUUUUUAUACAUCAGAGAAUCCACACUGGAGAGAAACCUUAUGAAUGUAAACAAUGUGGAAAGGCAUUUGUAGUGAGGCAUAGUCUUACUGAACAUCAGAGAAUCCACACUGGAGAGAAACCUUAUGAAUGUAAACAAUGUGGAAAGGUAUUUGCAGCGAGGUACAGUCUUACUGAACAUCAGAGAAUCCACACUGGAGAGAAACCUUAUGAAUGUAUGCAAUGUGGAAAGAGUUUCACACAGAGGAGUGGUCUUGCUAAACAUCGGACAAUCCACUCUAGAGAGAAACCUCCUGAAUGUAAACAGUGUGGAAAGACUUUCUCACAAAGGGGCAGGCUUUUUAUACAUCAGAGAAUACACACUGGAGAGAAACCUUAUGAAUGUAUACAAUGUGGAAAGAGUUUCACACAGAGGGGUGGUCUUACUAACCAUCAGAGAAUCCACUCUGGAGAGAAACCUUAUGAAUGUAUACAAUGUGGAAAGGCAUUCACAGAAAAGAGCAGUCUUUUUAUACAUCAGAGAAUGCACACUGGAGAGAAACUUUCUGAAUGUAAACAGUGUGGAAAAACUUUCACACGGAGGGGCAGGCUUUUUAUACAUCAGAGAAUCCACACUGGGGAGAAACCUUAUGAAUGUAAACAAUGUGGAAAGGCUUUCACACAGAAGAUCAGUCUUACUAGACAUCAGAGAAUCCACACUGGAGAGAAACCUUAUGAAUGUAAACAAUGUGGAAAGAGUUUCAUACAGAGGAGUGGUCUUGCUAAACAUCAGAGAAUCCACUCUGGAGAGAAACCUUUUGAAUGUAAACAGUGUGGAAAGACUUUCUCACAAGGGGGCAGGCUUUUUAUACAUCAGAGAAUCCACACUGGAGAGAAAUCUUAUGGAGCAAAAAUAUUUCUGAGUAAGAGCUCCCCUGUAGCUUGUCAGUUGAUGACAGAAGGUGUGGCUGAUCGUUGGCAGGAGCAGUCUUACCAUCAGAAAAUCCACCCUGGAGAGGAUCCUUAUAAAUGUAAACAGUGUGGAAAGACUUUUGCAGUGAGGGCCCAUCUUGCUAGACACCGGACAGUCCACACUGGAGAGAAACCUUAUGAAUGUAAACAAUACAAAAAGACUUUUAAAGUGAAGGACUCUCUUGCCAGACACCAGACAAUCCACUAUCUGGAAACCUAA